AUGGCGACUUAUCAUAAUUGCCAUAAAGAUAUUCUAUCACAAUGGUUACGUCGAUCAUCAUCAAAUAUUAAAGUUCGUUUACAUUUAACAUCGAAUACUGAUCAAUCGUAUAAGAAUUUUCAUAUGGAUCCAAAACUCCAUCAUUUUAUCAAUCAUAUUUAUAAUCAGUUCUUGAAUUUAAAUCCUCAAAUCCUCAAAUCAUCUAUCGGUUGGAAAAAAUCGAUGAAUAAGAAAAAUCGAACAAACAAUUCACUAGAAACAAUUCGUCAGACAAGUCCUAUCAUCUCUACAAGAAUAGUGAAUACUUCAAGAAAGCCUAGGAAUAGUAAUCAUACACGAAUACGACGUAAUCUUUUACAUGAGAAUACCUUAAACGAUGAAGACGACGUACAUGCAUAUGGUACUGAUGAUCAAAGCUACUUUAGAAAUCAACAAGAAAAUAUUGCUGAAGAAAAACGAGGCUUCGAUGGAGAAUACUACGCACCAAUUGAAACCAAAUUUAAAAUGAGAGACCAUAAUGAAUUAUACGAAGACAAUACAAAUCAUAUCCAUAAUGCUCGUGGUGAUGAAGAAGAACGCUAUGCAGACAAAAGAUAUAUGCAGAAUGAUGAAAAUUUGGUAAAUCCAGAUCGAUUAUUAAAUAAUGAUAAUCUUAAUUUAAAUGCUGAUAAUUAUCGUCAAUACUUUAAAAAUAGUUACAAUGGAAAAAAAAUUUCUGAAAACAACUUCAAUAAUGAUAAUUAUAUGUUAGAUAAAGAACGAGAUGCAAAUGAAAGGAAAUUUCUCGACAAUGAUUAUUUAGAUAAACAAGAUCAACUUGAAAAUGAAGACUAA